GAGGCGGAGCCGGGGCGGGGCCUGUGGGGAGCUCUGGCUGGGCGGGUCGUUCCGGGGGCGGGACUGGGGCUGGGCCUGCGGUGGGCAUUUGCCGAUGCGGCACCGGUGCUGCGGGGCACACAGACGCGCGUACAGUCUGACCGAGGGAGGCACCUACUGGCGAGCGGCCGCGGGGACUCGCAGGCGCGGCGGUGCCUCAAGGUGGUGAAGGUCACAGGGCUGUGGCACUCCCUCUAGACUGGCAGCUGUGGGAGGCAGGCCCAGCACCACGUACUCCGCGCACCACCCUGAGUUGGAUCCAGGGCUGUCUGCUGUCCACCUCCCCACUUCCACGCUGCCCUCCUGCCUGCAGCCAUGACGCCCCUGCUCACCCUGUUCCUGGUGGCCCUCAUGGGCCUACCUGUGGCCCAGGCCCUGGACUGCCACGUGUGUGCCUACAACGGAGACAAUUGCUUCAACCCCAUGCGCUGCCCAGCUAUGGUUGCCUACUGCAUGACCACGCGCACCUACUACACCCCCACCAGGAUGAAGGUGAGCAAGUCCUGCGUACCCAGCUGCUUCGAGACCGUGUACGAUGGCUACUCCAAGCACGCGUCCACCACCUCUUGCUGCCAAUACGACCUCUGUAACGGCGCCGGCUUUGCGGCCCCAGCGACCCUGGCCCUGGCCCCCAUCUUCUUGGCCACCCUCUGGGGUCUGCUCUAAAACCCCCCAGGCAGACCCAGUCAAGAACAAAGCUCUCGGGAGACACGGCUGCACCCUCGCACCCCGCUCGCCCUGCCUCACUCUCCACCCUCCCUGAGACCUCCUCAGCCAUGCCCAGGACCUGGGCCUGUGGGCAAGAGGACGCCUGACCCCAGCCGCCUCUCCCCCAGCCACCACGUGACCUCACUUCCAGGCCUUGACCUUUGGCUUCCUAAAGGCUGAUGUGUGGGGUCCCAAAA